AGAGACAAUCACAUAUCAUCCUGAUCAGACAAAUGCGAAUUUAAACAAAUGAGAUGGAACCAUCGAAGAACUGUGAUGUCACUAGAGGACAUGAACUCUACCUUUGUCAUAUAUUAUUACUGGAACAAACUUCACCCAUCGCAUUGAAGGCCAUAUUUAAAAGAGAAGAGAAAAAAUGUGAAAACCAUAUUGGUAUUUUGUUAAAUGAGAAUAGAGAUGCGUUAACAACCCAGUGCGAAACAGAGUUUCUUCAAUUAAUUCAAGAAGAUGCUGUCAAUGACGACAUUGAUACGUGGGACAUACUUCAAUUAUGUGCUGUGACAUUAGUUUUGUUUAAAUCUGAUCUAACUGAACCUGAAGUUAAAGCCAUUCAAUGUAUAUAUGAUCAGAGGAAAGAUAUUAAACAAUACACCGAAUGUGCCUCCCUAACAUUCAAUACCUACAACGAGAAACAACAUUUAUUGCACGAUCAAUUACUCGAUUUGAUAACGCUCAUAGACGACCAAGCUCAGCUUGAUUGUAAACGUAUGAUGUUUUCAUUUGAAUCAAAAUCAAUGAAAUUAAGCGAAGCACAGAUAGAAAAACUAACACAGACAAAUGAUAUCAAAACUCAUCUUAAAAUUGCAAUUGAUGCACAUGUCGUAACAGAGAAUGAUAUCAUUGGCGAAGAGAACGAUCCAAAGCUCCAGACCAAUGGCCAAAUGUUCACUGAAGAACUUCAGAACAAAAAUGUCUACAUCAAUGAUUCAGCUAUUUUGACAUGUAAACUCAACCUUCCAACAGAUGAAAAUGUUGAGUGGAGGAAAGAUUUCAAGCCGGUUGAAAAUUCAAACAAUUUAAUGGUAAUGAGCAAGAAUGGCAAUCAUUGGUUAGCGAUUUCCCGUGCAUCAUUAGAAGAUACAGGUCAAUAUACGUGUGUAUGUGGCCAUAUUUCAACUACAGCUGAUCUUACUGUUAUAGAUGAAGCAUUAAGUGUGGUCGUUCAUUGCCCAGUCAAGAUUGAGGUUAUUGAAAAUGGAAACAUUGAAAUAGAGUGUAAGGUGAACCUGCUAACGAGUAAACCUGUUUGGCGACACAAAGGUGAACUUCUUCAAUCAUCUGGUAGAAAGGUUAUACAAGCAAAGGGUUCUACACACAAAUUGAUGAUCACGAAUGUAACAUUAUACGACGAGGGUGAAUAUACAGUUGAUUUUGGGAAUGUCUCAUCUAAAACAACAGUUCAAAUACAAGUUGAAACGGACCUUAUACACAGAAAACAGAUAACACAAGAAUUGUACAGAAAUUGGUUGAGAGGAGCUCUAGCGUUAAAAUAUUUAAAAAUAGGUUUAGAGGGUUUUUCCGACAAGGCUGUUCACAAACAACAUAAUGAUCUAAUGAAAAAACUUGGAAACUACUGCAACACUUGUACAGAGGAAAGUCUUCUCCCACAUAAGCAAGAUCAAUGCCCACGACAAAGAAAACAUCAAUGUUUAUGUACCAAAGUUCAGAAACUGAAUUCAAGACAAAUGUGUCCAAACGGGGGAUUUUGUGGCAACGUUUAUAAUCAAAUAGUUUAUAAACAUCGUUUUCAAGAUCCAUUAUUCACAAAUACAGAUAUCCAAAAAUGGAGCAGUGAUGCGUGGAGUGUUGCUACAUGCUUUGUUAAUACUACUGGCUACAAAUGCAAGCGAUCAGCUAAAGAGGUCGACUGCUCCGGUUUACUUAGUAUGUGUAUAAACAACAUUGAUAUAGAAAUAAUGCUUGGAGAAGUUAUCAUCGAUGGGAAAAUAGAUGCAUUUGCAAAGGCAAGGGAAGCGAGGAAUAAUAUUCUUCACAGUCCAAACUAUGAACUAUCUGAAAAUGAACUAAACAAGUUUAUCAGAAUGUUCAAAGAAGUACUAGAAAUCAAGGACAAACAUGGUAAUACACCUUUGAAAGGGGAGCCAGGCGUAGAAGGAGCAUUACGUUUACUAGAUAUGGUGCAACAAAAUCAAAUUGAGAUGAACCUUGAAUGUGACGUGAGAGAAUUGAGAGAGCAUGGAAUGUUUAGAUUAGAAGAGAAAUACAAGACAGCAGAAAAACAGCGUGAACUGAAACUUCAACUUAUAGAGCAACAAAUAAAAGAUAAAGAAAAUGAGCUUCAGCUUAUGCUAAAUCUUAGAUCUGCGGGAAAACAAAAGAAUCUUAAAGAGCACUUCUUGCUUGAUCUACAGAUAAAUGUUAUUGCUAAAAAUGGUGAAAAAAGUGCUGAAGGGAAUCAACGAGUAUAUGAAGUAAUGAGAGACUAUAUUAAAGAUAACGAUGAUAUGACUGGUUCGUCUUUUGUUGAAAGAUCAACUGAUACACCAGUCUAUCACCUCGUAGAUUUCAUCAAGGCCAUAAAGAAAUGCAGUAUCGUUGAUAUUUCUCCCUCUGACCAAUCGUCAACAGACAUAGAAAUCAACUUCUACAGUUCGAGCGUCAUGGAAGAUUUUCUCAAGUCUAUCAUCAGUAACGAAUUUCAACAAAAACUGUUUGACCUUAGACGAUGGCUACAAGUGCAAUAUGACAUUGAAUCGUAUGACAUAAUGGCUAAUUGCUCAUCAAAUGGCAUAGAGAAAGCAAAACAACGUUUGCACUUUACUGAAGUAACCAGAUCUUUGACUUGUGCCGAACAUCAAAAUACACAUUGUACUCUCUAUUGUCCUGACCAUGACACGUUUUUAUGUACAGCAUGCAGAGAAUCAAAACAUGGCACAUGUCUUGGAAUCAAACAAGUUACAUCUGAAAGGUCUUACGCUGAACAGAAACGUCGUCUCGACAUCAAAAAAAGAAAAGGAACUUAUUACAUUAAGAUAGAAAAUAUUUUGAUGAAUAGAGACAACAAUGAUCAAUUUAGGUAUGAAAUCACUAGUAUGUGCAUGCUUCCUAAUAGUGAAGUUCUCCUUGCUGAUUGUUUGAAUAACAGACUGAAGAAAUUGAACAGUUCAUACAAGGUAGUAAGUCACUGUGAUGUACCUGAAUAUCCCUAUUGUGUAUGUUAUAUAGGCAACGAUACAGCUGUUGCUAGUUUAAGUGGCAAUUCCAUACAGUACGUGAAUGUGUCAGGUAAUAUAAAGCUAAGACAAUUAAUGAAGCUAGAUCAUGAAUGUUACGAUCUAGCUUGUCACGGUGACACACUCUAUAUUAGCAGUAGAGACACAAUUUACAAAUAUGACAAAGACUGUAAUCAACAACAAGUUCUCUAUCAUUAUCCGAGGAUAAUCUACAAUCCCUCAAUUGCUAUAAGUGACAAUGGGGAACGACUCUACUUAAGUUCACAUAGAGAUCUAACUACAAUAGAUGCCAAAGGAAAUCAUAUAUUCAGUUCACAAAUUGACGAUUAUAACAUAUAUGAUAUAUGUAUUGCUGGUGAAGGUAUUGUUCUUGUAUUAGAUGUAAAAAACAAUUUUCAUCAGCUGGAUUAUAAUGGAAAAAGGCAUCGGACUGUAGAUAGCAUGCAAUUUUAUGUUUUAAAUCCGCGUUCUAUGUGUUUCGACAGAGAAAGAUGUAGACUUAUUGUUGGUGGUAGUGAAGACAAGAUACAUGUUUACAAAUGCGAGUUUUUGCCAAGUUAGUUAAUAAAAUUUUGAUAAACAGAGAACCAAAUGAAAAAUGCAUCGCUUAUCUACUUUUGUUCAUUUAAAGGAACUCCACUGAGGU